AUGGUCACUCUGCAACUGCCCAGUAGCAGAGCUCUCGAUCCUUCAUCUCCGCGGUUGCUCCACGGCUGCUCCUCCUCCUUUUGGGGCGGACGCGUGUCUUUCAUCAAUGGCCGUUCAACGAUGAGUCGUCCAGAGAAGCUUCGCUCCAAUGGCGGAACCGUUAGGAUUCUCGCGAUGUCCAACAGUUCGUCAUCAUUCAAGAUGAACUUGAACGAGUACAUGGUCACUCUCGACAAACCGCUCGGAAUUCGAUUCGCGCUCUCCGUCGACGGCAAAAUCUUUGUCCACUCCCUCAAGAAAGGGGGCAAUGCGGAGAAGUCGAGGAUAGUAAUGGUGGGUGACACACUGAAAAAGGCUGGUGAUUCGUCCGGAGGGAGGCUUCUUGAGGCAAAGGACUUUGGUGAUACACAGAAGAUGCUCAUGGAGAAAGCAGGAUCUUUUAGCCUGGUUCUUGAGAGACCACUCUCACCUUUUCCAAUUCAGCAGCUGCUUCUUUUGAAUGAUCUUGAUAAUCUUUUCAAUAGAGGUCGAGUUCCUUUUGCCACUUGGAACAAGACUGUGUUGGCUUCAAGUUUACAAUCAGCUACCGAAAACAGUGGGAAUUCUGGCUUUGUUACGUUCUCCUCAAAGUUCCUAAAGUCACAAGGAUGGAAUUUGUUGAAUGGCCAAAAUAAUCGUGUUCAAUCACAAAUGCAGAAGAAUACUCUUGCCCAACCCAUGAGCAAACUUGUUUGUAUAUUUUCUGAGGAGGAAUCGGAACAUGGAGAAUGGGCUCAUGGAAAUUUCCCACUUGAGGAAUAUAUUAAGGCACUGGAUCGCUCUAAAGGCGAGCUAUACUAUAACCACUCUAUUGGCAUGCGCUACAGUAAGAUUACAGAGCAAAUAUAUGUUGGAUCAUGUAUACAAACAGAAGAUGAUGUGGAGACAUUGUCCAAUGUCGCGGGAGUCACUGCUAUACUGAAUUUCCAAAGUGGAACUGAGACAGAAAAUUGGGGAAUAAAUUCCAUCUCAAUAAAUGAGUCGUGCCAAAAAUUCAACAUUCUGAUGAUCAACUAUCCAAUAAGGGAGGGAGAUUCUUUUGAUUUAAGGAAGAAACUACCAUUUUGUGUGGGCUUAUUAUUACGCUUAUUGAAAAAGAAUCAUCGUGUUUUUGUGACUUGUACGACUGGUUUUAAUCGGUCUCCUGCUUGCGUAAUAGCAUACCUGCACUGGAUGACUGAUACUUCCCUUCACGCAGCUUAUAAUUUUGUAACUGGGUUGCAUUUAUGCAGCCCUGACAGACCGGCAAUUGCUUGGGCAACAUGGGAUCUUAUAGCCAUGGUGGAAAAUGGCGUGCAUGAAGGACCUCCAACACAUGCUGUGACAUUUGUAUGGAAUGGGCAAGAGGGGGAGGAUGUAACCUUGGUUGGAGAUUUCACUGCAAAUUGGAAAGAACCAAUUAGGGCUAAUCACAAAGGUGGAUCACGAUGGGAAGCAGAAGUUAGACUUUCACAAGGAAAGUAUUACUACAAGUUCAUUGUUAAUGGGCAAUGGCGGCAUUCGACAUCCUCCCCUUCUGAAAGGGAUCAAAGUGGAAAUGUCAACAAUAUAAUCAUCAUCGGCGAUACUGCCAGUGUGAGACCUAGUGUUCAGCAACAGAUAAAGGAUGUGAAUGUUGUGAAGGUGAUUGAGAGGCCACUGACAGAAAAUGAGCGGUUCAUGCUGGCAAAAGCUGCUCGUUGUGUUUCAUUCUCUAUAUGCCCAAUUAGACUAGCUCCAAAAUAG